UUCUUCCCCAUCUUUUCUCCAUCCUCUUCUUCCUCAUCUCCAUCUUCUCUCCAUCACCCACCUCCGUUUUUUUUUUUUUUUUAGUAUUUGUUUUGGAAAAUCGUCGGGCAGCAGGCAUUCACCUCCCUCCACUUCUCCUUCUUCUACUUCUUCUCCGUCUUAUCUUCUUCUUCUUCUUCUCUCCAUCUUCUUCUUCUUCUCUCCAUCUUCUUCUUCUUCUUCUUCUUCUUCUUCUUCUUCUUCUUCUUCCCCAUCUUUUCUCCAUCCUCGUCUUCCUCAUCUCCAUCUUCUCUCCACCACCCACCUCCGGUGCGACGACCAUGGCGGGCAAUCGAGUGCCAUUCGAGCCUGAGACCGGUGCAGAUAGAGAAAGGACGCUCAGCCAAUCGGAGCUGUGGAAAUGGGCRGACAGAKGCCAGAAGGUGACGACRGGGACAUCAYACAGCUCGUGGAGGUUGCGUUGCAGGCUCUGCAACAAGGAGUUCGUCGGCACGCUGUCCAAAGUCGUGAAACACCACACACAACCGUCGGUCACUGCCCGCUGUCCGCUUACCACCGGUGAAAUUCUUGCUGUCAUUCGCAGCGACCACCCGAAAGUGGCAUUGCUCCCUGCGUCGCUGGCGAAAUUGAACGACUACUACAAGGAACAGGGUCGUCCACCAGUUGUUGUGGAUGCGCAGGAUCUUGCUCCCGUUGAUGUGGCUUGUGCGUCGGGGGAGGUCGGUACGCCGUCGACUGGGGCAGACGGAGGGCGGGACACGGGUUCGACGGUGGGAGAAGGCAGCGCUGUGGGUUUUGAUUCGGCAUCGGUUGUUGACAGGGGCGCUCGAGGUUCCAGGGGGCCCGACAUCCCGGAAGAGAUCGCUGAGCACAUGCGGGGUCCUGUUUUGGCUGCAGCUCGCCCACCAAGACCUCCAUCGAGUGCACAGCAGUCGUCCAUGAAGAAUUUCGUAGUGGAUGAGCUGCAAAGGGAGUUCGACCAGGCGGUUGCUUCCUUCUUCUUUGAGAAUGCCAUCGCCUUCAACGCCGCGCGCUCGGACUCAUAUAAGAACAUGGAAAGGAUCAUGAACUCGGCGGCGAGAUCGAGGAAGAUGCUGCUGAUGCCUGGAUACAAUCACCUGAGGACGAAGGCUUUGCCGGCGGAAUACAAAGACGUGGACAAGGAUCUUGACAAGAUCCGUGAGUCAUGGGAUGUCACUGGCCUGACCUUGAUGACGGACGGCACGACAACGACCAGCAACAGGCCGAUCAUUAACUUCAUCGCAGCUGGCGAUUCGGGGGCUGUUAUGGUGCGUAGUGUGGACAUGGAGGGGAAGGACAAGUCGGCUCCCGCUUUGGCAAGGAUGUGGGUGGAGGUGAUACGAGAGUUGGGGGUGCACAGGGUGAAUGCGAUCUGCACGGACUCGGCACAGGUCAACAUUUCCGCGAAGAAGAUAUUGGAAAACCAUGACGACCCUGCGAUCAGGAGCAUUCCAUGGGUGAUUCUGCAAGGCAGGGAGAUCACAACCUUUGUCAAGAGACACCAGCGGGCGUUGGCAAUGUUCCGUAAGAGCGGGAGAGAGUACAGGACCCAGUUGGGCAUCAAAGAUGGGAGGCCGUUGGAGUUGAUUCAGCCAGGAGAGACUAGAUUCGGCACAAACUUCCUCAUGCUGCAGCGACUUCGAGAGUGUGAGCCGGUGUUGCUAUCAACUGUUUCAAACCCGAGGUGGGAUGACUCUCCAUGGGACAGCGCAGCAGUGACCAGGGCGCGGACGUGCAAGGAGCUGAUAAGAGACCCGGCUUGGUGGUCGACCGUCAACCGGGCACGCCCUGUGCUUGAGCCAGUGUAUGCCCUUAUGAGGAACAUGGACAGCGACGGGAGGAUGGGAAUGCAGGUGUGGUCUUUAGGGAUCACGUUGGAGAAGAGAAUGGUCGCAAUACCGAUGGACAGCGAGACAAGGGGAAUCGUGGUGAAGAAAGUGAAAGACCGCGUGCGAAUGAUGGCUCUACCUGUGCAUGCGGCGGCGUGGAUGUUGCACCCGCUGCACAGAUCGCCUCGACUUUUCGACGACAUGGCGUCCGAAGAGAUUGCGAACACUCUGGCUCACUUCGCUUCGGUUCAUCCGAAGGGCUCCAAGGAGUACAAAGAGUGUUGGAUCUCCCUCAGGAGUUUUCAUCACAUGGCUCUAGAGUGGAUUGGCCCCAACUCCGAGGAGGCUUUGACGGGCGAUCACAUGAACAUGGUGCAAUGGUGGUUGACGUACGUGAAAAGGCACCCAACCCUGACGAAGAUCGCCGUCAAAGUGUUGAGCAUGUGGACCACUGCCUCUCCAUGUGAGAGGAAUUGGUCCACGUCCGAUCUUGUCCACACCGAGAGGAGGAAUCUCUUGAGCCCGGAGAACUUGGAGAUGUUGGUGUUCAUCCACUGGAACAGGAAGUUAUUGCGCAUGUCGAAGGCGAAUACGGGGUUUGUGAACACCGAGUGGCUGGAGUGGGAGACACUCGAGGACGAGGCACCAUUCGAUGGCUUCAUGCGAGAAGGGGAGUACGACCCCGCGAAGGUGCGUAGGAGGGCGGCCAACUGGUCGAAAUCUAGUGGCCGCAGAUCGAGAACCACGCGAUUCGACGUGCGGGAGAUUCAGGAGGAGAGGGAUGACGACAGGGCAUGGCUACUUGAUGUUUCGUACCGCCCUCGCAGAGUUGCCGUCCAUGAGCGUGGGAAGGUUGUCGUGGAUGAUUACGACGAGGAGGACGAAGGCGGCGACAGCGACGACGACGCGGAGUUGCUCGACGUGCCUCUAACGGACAAGCGGUUCACUCGGAGGACGGGUGUUGGGUCAUCCUCCGCGACGGAUGUCGCCAUCACACCACAGGACGAGGCACGCGUUGGCCCUGCGUCCGGCGGGGCUUCAGGGUCUUCUUCUAUGUCAUUGGCCGACGACACCAUUCGCCUUGCACGGCCACGCACCUCCGCGUUCGGUGUUGUGUCAUCGGUUCAGGGCACCAGCACACCCGCCGACGCGCAGCACACCCCUCUCCCACGAGCCGCGGAGGAGGAGACGGCCACACGCCGGGGGAUGACAGGCGGGGGAUCCAGGGAUGCUGAUGUUGGCAGCGCAGCGGCGAGGGUCGUUCAAGACUUUGGUGUGUCUGUGGACGCUCCCGUUCCCGGUCAUGCGGAACACGAGGACGAGCUUCAUGACGCAGCGAAGGACAGCCAGUCUGCCGGCGACAAUGCUUUCUCCACUUCGGACCCUGGGUUGCCGCUGGGGGAGAGUUUCGCCUCCCUGUUGCACCACGUCGCACCAAUUGCUGCAAGAGGCUGGAAGACGGACUUCGAGAAACAUCUGGCUGCCAUGUCCCCCAUGAGGAGAUCCACUCCUCCCGCUUUGCUGUUGAGCGAGGACAUCCGCACGGACGCCGGGGACGGGUCGCGGGUCAUGGUGGACAGGACGACGGCCGAAGUGGACGAGGAUGGAGGACCCGACCGCCUGCAUGCUGCAGCCACACAACAUGAGGCGGAGUCACUGCCCGAAAUUGACGCCAGCAAGGUGCGUCAAGUCCGGAGUUUGGCAGGCAGAAAGAAAGGAGGGAAGAACAAGCCAAAGGUGCCAUCUGGACCGGUCACACGCGGGGGACGAGGCGGGGCAAGCAAGACAAUCACACCGUCGACGUCCUUGCAAGAAAAACGUGCGGUUGUUCGGCAGGCGAAGAAGAGGAAGGCAGAGAAAGUUUCAAAGAAGGUCGCUGCAGCCUCCCRGUCGCCGAGAAGAGAUUCGAAGAGGAGGAGGAAGUGCGUGCAAGAGGACGACAACUCCGAAAGCAGCAGCGCGUCAUGGUCAUCGUCGAGUGACACGUCAUCGUCGAGCGACGCGUCAUCGUCAAGUGACGCAUCAUCGUCGAGUGACGCGUCGUCGUCGCCUGCCACGAGCAGCAGCAGCGAAUGAGAGAGAGAGAGAGAGAGAUGAGAGAGAGAGAGAGAACUGUUCUUUUUUUUCUCUUCUUCCCGCGAUGAGAGAACUGUCUUCAACUGUCUUCUUGUUUUUUUUUUUUUUUUUUUUUU